GCUGGAGGCUAGAGCUGCGGAAGGUGCCUACUACCUACCUAAUUGACAUGGCCCCAUUGUCCUAAGUCCUUCAUUCAAUGCUGUGUUGAAUUUGCUCAUCUGCUCAACCACAAGAAUUCAAUGAUUUCCAAUUCCAACUACUUACCUAAGGCCUUGCCCAUGUAUUUGUUGUUUCUUGAAUAUUCAACCCAAUCCCCAUAUUCUAAUAUAUUUUUGGGAAAGCCAUGACGAACUGCUUGAUUCUGCUGCGUGUCUUCUUCAUAUUCGUUACGUUCAACGAAGACCCACGUGUCAAGGUGGCCUCGUAUCAGCUCGGCUUUCCUCUCUUUUGAGAUCUGCAAUUGGGUUCUGAGAGUUUCGCCCAGUUUAACUCUAGAUCAGACGCUUCGGAGCCCCGGAAGCCUUUGUAUGAGUUGUAGGUGGCAUAGAUUUUAAAAUUGAAAAAGGGGGCCCUCUUGUUUGCUUGGUAAUGUACUGAUGGAGAGGAAAAGUAACAUCUCUCAUUACCGGGGAAGGCUGGACAAAACAUUGACAUCUUAUGAUCUCGAGAAUGAGGAAGGACUUAAGGUUCUUGUGAAAAAACAAAUUCUACAGUCAUCACAUUGUGAAAUUGAAGAAUAUCUCGAGAACAUAGUAGAGAGGAGAACUAAAGAUGUGAUCAAUUUUCUCCAAAUGUUGAAAAGUGCUUCAGCAAAUGAUUAUGAAGUAUCCAAAAGUAGAGAGACGCCUCGCAGUGGUUGGAAAUUAAAGCAGGAUACUGAAGAUUACCGUGUGAUGUAUCGACAAGGACCACAAGGAACUCCCUUCCAUACGUUACUUGUUGAAGGCUAUGUAGAUGGUCCUCUAGAUGUUUGUUUAUGCAUCUCAUGGGAAUCCACCCUCUUCAACAAAUGGUGGCCGCAGACUAACAUACCAACAUUCAAAAUUAUAUCUUCUGAUUGUCUGCAGAAGGUUCGAAUUGGCGAACAGAUAUCUUUAGUGAGGAUGAAGGUUCCAUGGCCAUUAUCAGCAAGAGAGGUUGUUGUGCACUUCUUUGAGUUUGAAUACUUUCAAGAUGAUCUUAUUGUUGUGCUUCUGAACUCGAUAUCUGACUUAGAGAGCAUUGACAGAAGUACUCAUGGGUUCUCCAAAGAUGGAAUACCUGAUGCACAAGAUGUAGUGAGGAUUGAUGUGGUGGGAGGGUUUGCAUUGCAGAAAGUGACUGCAGACAGAAGCUACUUUAGGACAAUAGCAAAUUUUGAUAUGAAGCUGGAUUUCGUUCCUCCAUCAUUCAUUAAUUUUGUCUCAAGGCAGCUCAUUGGCAGUGGUUUCAGGCUCUAUAAAAAGGAAGUUGCUUCUGUGUCUAGAGGUGAUGAAGACUUUGGGAAGGCCCUGAAGGACCAGCUAUAUAAUCGAAUAAGGGAAAUUCUUUAUUCUGAUAAUAAGCAGAAGAGAGCUCUAGAACUAGGAGACACCAAGAAUGAUGUCGAGACUUUUCAUGAAGAACAUGUUCUGGAGGUUCUCAGUGAUCACCAUGCAACUGAAACUUUUCCAGAGGAUGCGGUAGUUGAAUAUGAUCACCAUGCAACUGGAACUUUUUCAGAGGAUGCGGUAGUUGAAGAUCACAUAGCCAUUAUUGAGAUUGAGGAGAUUGCAGAAGAAGAUAUUGAACAAAGUGGACACUUGGAGGAGGGUGGUAAGCAAAUCAGUAACCGAACGACCACUCAAAUUGAAGAAAAGCCAUGUGUCAAUAAUAAAAUAAUUGGUGUCAGCCCUCAGGUGAAACAAGCUCUAGAAACAUUAGACAAAGUCAUUUCCAUCUGUCGGGAAUACAGAUUGGGUCCUCAAACACGUUCUCCUGAAUUCACUCACAAAGGAUCAUUUGAUGUGGGAAAGAAUAGAGAAAAAGAGCUGAGGUCUUUAGGAAAUGGUCAAAUAUGUGCAAGUGAUCAGGCUUGUGUCGAUGCGUUGAAAAAUGAAACAGUGGAGAGAGCCUUGCAUGAGCCUAGGAACAGUUCCAGCAGUCAUUGCUCCAGGCGCAUGGGGUCAAAUUCUUGCUCAAGAGAGACAUGCCAUAACAAGAUAGCACCUGCAUCACCCGAAGAAAAUCUGUUACAUGCAAGUGAGACUCAUCAACAGACUGCUUCUUAUUACUCUACUCACGCAACAACCGAAAGAACGAUUGUGGGUGGAACUGGAUUCGAUGAUAAGCUGGCAAAUGUUGAUGCAAAUGCUAUCUGCAAAGAUGGCACGAAGACAGGGAAGCAUAAAAAGCCGAAGUUCUGUUGCUUUCAUUGUUUUCUGGGUCAUUGAUGUCUUAAAAGAACUAGGAAAUAAUUUGAUGUUUUCGCACAGUUGUAAACUCUUGUAAAGGCUUAAAAAAUGGCAAGGGACAAAAGAGAUCUCAGUUUUUUCCAUAAUGCAAUUCUUCUGACCUUGCAAUGCUUUUCCUA